GAACGCUCUGGCUGGUUGGCUUCGCUUGCAAGCCCAGCAGGAACCAGCCUCCCCUUUCUCACUCUCUUUCUCUCUCUCUCUCUUUCUCCUCCCCAAACUCCCCCUCUUUCUCUCUCUCUCUCUCUCUCUCUUCUCUCUCUCUGGGAAGGAGGGGCUUCCUGGUCCUCGUCGGAGCCGCGUCACAACCAUCCCUUCUUCCCCGGCUCUCACUUCUUCUCCUCUUUGGCAGGACCUUUUUUUUUCCCUUUCCUUCGGGCGGAGCGCGCAAAAAAGGCGAGGUUGUGAAGAGCGAAGGAGAAAGAAAGGAAGGAAAGAAAGACAAGAAGGAGGAGGAGAAGAGGGGCCAGAGAAGAGGAGAAGCCCCUCUCGGGGAGGGAAGGGAGGGAAGGAAGGACAAGAGGUGUCACAGGCGUCCAAGGAGUGCUGAGCGGACCCUCGGAGAAGCAGAAGAAGAGGAGGAGGAGGAGGGAGUCGUCAAGUCCCGGAGCUGCGGGUCGCUCUCCGGGGCUGCGGCUGGGUCUAUGGUGCCAUGUCGUACCCUCCGGGCUAUUUGUACCAGCCGUCGGCCUCCCUGGCGCUCUACUCCUGCCCGGCCUACAGCCCCGGCGUCCUCUCCGGGCCCCGCACCGAAGAACUCGGGCGCUCCUCCUCGGGCUCGGCCUUCUCGCCUUACGCCGGAUCCACCGCCUUCAGCGCGCCCUCGCCCGGAGGGUACGGAUCCCACCUCCAGUACGGAGCCGACCCCGCUGCCGCUGCCGCCGCUGCCUUCUCCUCCUACGUGGGCUCUCCCUACGACCACAGCCCGGGCAUGGCGGGCUCCCUGGGCUACCACCCCUACGCGGCCCCCUUGGGCUCCUACCCCUACGGCGACCCGGCCUACCGGAAGAACGCCACCCGCGACGCCACCGCCACGCUCAAGGCCUGGCUGAACGAGCACCGCAAGAACCCUUACCCGACCAAGGGCGAGAAGAUCAUGCUGGCCAUCAUCACCAAGAUGACCCUGACCCAGGUCUCUACGUGGUUCGCCAACGCCCGGAGAAGGCUCAAGAAGGAGAACAAGAUGACCUGGACCCCGAGGAACCGAAGCGAAGACGAGGAAGAGGAGGAGAACAUCGACCUGGAGAAGAACGACGAGGAGGAUGCCCAGAAGGUGGAGGAGAAGGGCGACCCCGAGACCACGGAGAUCGGUUCGACGGAGCCUAAGGCGUCUAUUCCGGGCCGAGAAGCGGAUUUGGGCGCCUCGAGCGAUUCGGACUGCAAGGAGAGCCCCGAGGAGCAGCUGCUGCUCAAGCCGGCCUCUCCUCCUCCGCAGCAACACCCUGGGGGGGGGGGGGGGGUGUGGUUGAAGGAAGAGGGGUCAGAACUGCUCAACACGCGCUUCGUGGGUCCUAAUUGUUGUCCUCUCCCUUCUUCAUCCGGCUCUCCAGGUUCGACGGAGCCUAAGGCGUCUAUUCCGGGCCGAGAAGCGGAUUUGGGCGCCUCGAGCGAUUCGGACUGCAAGGAGAGCCCCGAGGAGCAGCUGCUGCUCAAGCCGGCCUCUCCUCCUCCGCAGCAACACCCUGCGCAACCGCCUCCUCCUCCUCCCGCUCGCCUCCUGCUCCACGUCCACCACCCUCAGCUCCUUCAGCACCCGUCCCAUCAUCACCCCCAGGGCGAGGAGGACUCCCAUUCCGUGUACGGACCCCCUUCGUCGGCGGAGCACCACAAAGCGGGCGUCACGUCGGUGAUCCAGGCGGCCGCUCCUCCUCCUCCUCCUCUUCCUCCUCCUCCUCCUCCUCAAGGCUCAGCGAUGAAGCCCAAGCUGUGGUCCUUGGCGGAGAUCGCCACGUCGGGGGACAAGAGCAAGGAGAGCGAGGAGGAUUCUUCUCCCACGCCGCGCGGGCCCGCUUCCCUCCCCCGGCCCCUUUACUACCCCGCGGGGCCUUUCUACCCCGGCUACACGAACUACGGCGCCUUCGGACACCUCCAUGGCAACUCCUCCUCCUCCACACCUUCCUCCUCCUCCUCCUCCUCUUCUUCUUCGGCCCCUCCGCCCCCUUUGAACGGAUUACACCAGACGCUCUUGAGCCGCGCGGAGGCCUUGGCCAAAGAGACCAAGCUGCUCCGGAGCCAGUCCCACUUCGACCUGAGCAAAGACUCGCCUUACGAACUGAAGAAAGGUAUGUCCCAGCUUUAAUCCCCCGCCGAGUGGGACGUGGCAGACGGAGACCCUGGGCGGCUUCCGCCCGCAACCAGCCAGGAAAGACUUGGAAGAGGGCGUCUGGUUUUUGUUUUCCCCUCAUUACAGGCAGUCCCCGAGUUGCGAACAUUCCGGCUUGCGAUUACGACUCACAAGUAAGAUAACAGAAAGAGAGAGGAAGGGAAAUCCACUCAU